UAUCCCUCUCCUCAUCCUUAACAACAUUUCACGCUUCCUCCUCCUCUGUUUCUCUCGCACACUCUGACCCUACGUCGUUUUUUCUUUUUGUUUUCCAAACACACACACACCGCGUACUACAACUACAACAACGCCGUGCCUAAUCCUUAAGAAUAACAAACAACAGCCAACCAUGUUGCAUUGUCUCAACACUUCGGGGAAUCUAGGAGCCACCUGUUCGGACAUGACAGUGUUGGAAAGACAACGGGAAGCAACCAUCAAGUGGCAGCAACACCUCCAGAACAACCAACCACCCUACUUAACGGACUUUAACGUUAACGUUAACGCCGUCUUCUCUUCUUCUUCUUCUUCUUCUCAGAGUCAGGGCCUGGUCAUGAAUAUUUGCGCUGAUUCCGCGCUCGGCGAGGUCCUAACUCACUCCGUCAAACCCGACCCGGGUGUCUGGCCCGAAUUCGACGCCGGAUUCGGAUCCUCUUCCGGUUUUCUACCCACCAUUUCGCCAACUUGUAGCAGAGGCGGAGACUUGGUUUCACCCAAGGAAAACAUGGCCAGUGCGAAAGAAAACACUAAGAAGAGAAAACCUCAGAACUCCAAGGUUGUUGCGGCGAGUGAUAAUAAACAGGACAAGAGAGUCAAAGCAAGUGGUGAAGAAGGAGAAUCCAAAGUAACAGAGCAAACCAGCAACAAGAAUGGCAAAUCCAACGCAAAUAAAAACAACAACAGAGAAACAACCUCUGCGGAGACUUCCAAGGAUAAUUCGAAAGGCUCCGAGGUUCAAAAUCAGAAGCCAGAGUACAUUCAUGUCCGAGCGCGUCGUGGACAAGCCACGGAUAGUCAUAGCUUAGCUGAAAGAGUUAGGAGGGAGAAGAUUAGUGAGAGAAUGAAGUAUUUGCAAGAUUUAGUACCGGGUUGCAACAAAGUUGCAGGGAAAGCUGGAAUGCUUGAUGAAAUUAUUAACUAUGUUCAGUCUCUUCAACGCCAAGUUGAGUUCUUGUCAAUGAAAUUAGCGGCUGUAAACCCAAGGCUUGACUUCAACCUUGACGAACUAUUUACCAAAGAGGUGUUUCCUUCUUGUGCUCAAAGUUUUCCAAACAUUGGGAUGCCAUUAGAUAUGAGUAUGAGUAACAACCCUUCGUAUCUACCAUUUAAUUCAGCGCAGCAACUUGUAUCGUGCUGUGGUGGACUAAUAAACAACAUGGGGAUAAGCCCUCCAAACAUGGGACUCCGAAGGAACAUUAGUACUAGCCCUGUACCUUUGCCCGAAACGUUUCUUGACUCGUCCUGUUUCACUCAAAUUCUACCCUCCUCAAAUUGGGAAGGUGGUGAUUUCCAAAGCCUUUACAACGUUGCUUUUGAUCAAGGGCGAACAGCAUCUUUUCCUUCUCAGCCAUUUACAGGUCUAGUUGAAGCUAGCAAUCUAAAGAUGGAGAUGUAAACCAGAUCGAUCAUCCAUUAUAAUUUGUUGGUGGAUUAGGUCACUCGGAGUGCCUUUGUCAUGAUUUUUUCUUUUUUCUUUUUUCGAGUACAUAACAUAUAUUGGUUGUAUACUGCUCCGUAGAAUAAAUAAGAUCAUAUUAAUACCUGUUAACUUCAA